AUGUCUAUCACCGACCGUUUGCGCCACACUGUGACGGACCCGCUCAUCGCGACUACCAGCCUCAUCAAUGAUAGCGUUGCCCCGUUGCAACCUAAUGGCGCUCCGGAUACUGUCGGCCUCGUAGAGCAACUGCUGCGCGAUGCAGAGUAUAUUCAGCUCCACGGCCUGCCGGUAACGCCUAACGAUCUGCCCGCACUCAUCGAUGCAUUGGAGCAUGCAAAAGGGCGGGGUCUUGACGAUCGCAAGUUCUUCCUCGAAGAUAUACUAACUAUCAUGGCACGUUCACCACCAGGCAGCUCAGCCGGAAAGCAGCUACAGAAGACAGUUAUUGCGAUGCUGUACAAUGACUUGCCGCACCCACCCGAAAACUAUCUCGGACAACCACCCACGGCUGUACCUCGUAAUCAGUCUGGCUCAUCACCCGCUCCUUAUCCCAACGGUGCAACACCCACUCCUCUUGACGGCAGCGUUACUGCGACAGACGUGACCCUCCCGACCGUCAACGGCCAGCCUGAGUAUGCCAAAGCCAACCCAUGGAACUUUCGCUCAGCGGACGGGUCUAAUUACUCUGCCCUUGCCCCGGCUAUGGGCAUGGCCCGCACACCAUACGCACGCAGUGUGCCAGCCAAGCAGGCUGUCAAUAAAGCCACUCUUCCUGAUCCCAACGAGGUCUUUGAGCGAUUACUUAAACGCGACAAGUUUGAGGAGCACCCGGGCGGCAUAUCCAGCAUGUUCUUCGCAUUCGCCAACCUCGUCAUUCACAGUAUCUUCAAUACUUCACAUGAACAGAAUGGCUAUGUGAACAACAACGUCAGCAGCUAUCUUGACCUCAGCCCGCUGUACGGAAGCUCUGUGGAGGAACAACUUCGGGUGCGCAAGAGCGACGGAACUGGUCUACUCUGGGAAGACUCGUUCUCGGACACUCGUCUGCUGUUCAUGCCGCCCUCCAGCGGUGCUCUUCUCGUUCUUCUGAGCCGGAAUCAUAAUUACAUCGCUCAGAAGAUCUUCGCCAUCAACGAGAACGGAACGUACCAGAACCCACCACCCGCCGAUGAGACCGCUCGUAAGAACCAGGAUGAGGAGAUCUUCCAGCGCGCUCGUCUGGUGAACUGCGGGUUCUUCAUGCAGAUCAUCCUCGGCGACUAUGUGGCUGCUAUUCUUGGUCUGGUCCGCGAUGGCAUAACAUGGCGUUUGGACCCCCGCAUCGCCAUCCGCGAGUCGGAUAACGCAGUGUCUGCCACGGGCCGCGGCAACGUUUGCUCCAUUGAGUUCAACCUUCUCUACAGGUGGCACGCCACGCUAUCUCAACAUGACACGGAGUGGACGGAGAAAACGCUGGCCACACUUCUCGGUGGGAAGGAUCCCGCAUUGAUGACCGUGAUGGACCUCAAGGGCGCCUUUGCUGCACUCUCACAACAAACUGCGUCUGUUCCUCCUAGCAAGUGGGAGUUUGGCGGUCUGAAGCGCAACAGCGAUGGAAAGUUCGCUGAUGCUGAUCUCGCCCGUAUCCUACACGGUGCCACAGCCGCGUCUGCGGCAGCAUACAAGGCUCGCGGCACGCCCGAGGCCCUCCGGAUUGUCGAGGUCCUAAGCAUCAUGCAGUCCAGGGCCUGGAGCUCGUGCUCUAUGAACGAGUUCAGGAAGUUCAUCGGGCUCAAGCCAUUCGAGAGCUUCGAGGAAUGGAACUCGGACCCUGACAUCGCUGCUACAGCUCAGGAUAUCUACAAAGACAUCAAUCACCUCGAGCUGCAUGUCGGUCUUCAGGCUGAGGAGGCGAAGCCCGUUAUGCCCGGUGCUGGCUUGUGCCCGGGAUACACGAUCUCGCGUACGAUUCUCGCUGACGCCGUCGCGCUAGUGCGCGGCGAUCGCUUCAUGUGCGACGAUAACACCCCCGCGAACCUGACCACCUGGGGUUGGCAAUAUACACAGACGGACGAGAAGGAUGGUUCGUACGGUGGCAUGCUCACGCGCAUGCUGUUCACAACAUUGCCGGACUACUACCCGCCUGGAUCGGCUUACGCGCACUUCCCCUUCAUGGUUCCGGAGAAGAUGAAGGCCUACGCGGCGAAGAUGCCCGACAACGUUGUCGCCAAGUAUGACUGGAACGCACCUGCUACACCCGUCGGGCCCGUCGUUGUUGUGCGCAAACCCGAGGAUGUCCGGAACGUACUCGAACACCCCGAGGUCUUCGCAACGGCCUCUGCCGAGCGCUUGGACAUCUUGACGGGCAAUGUUGGUAUCAACCCGACUAUCGUGCGGCAUGCGUUGUAUACUGCAAGCACGACGGAGCACGCGGCGGAGCGCUUCGUGGAUCUGACAAAGACUCUCAUCAGCCAGUCCGCGCACAAGCUCUCCUCUGGACGGCAUAUUGACAUCGUCGGUGACGUUCUCAACAUGUUGCCUAUCCACUGGAUCUGCGACGAUAUUACUGGCACCGGGCUCAAGACGCUUGAGAACAGAUACGGCCCCUUCACGCCUACCAGCCAGUACCUCGCGUAUUCGGCCGCAUCGAACUACGUCUACUUCAACACGUUGCCUACGGAGGACUGGUCCCUUCGCGAGGCUGGGCUCAAGAUCGCAACGCAGGUCACCGGCAAGAUAAAGCAGCAGAUCGGCGACGCGCUCAGCAGCGUCUUCAACCCGCUCCCAUACUUCCAUCGUCUCACGGAGAGCAUUGCGGCCUUGAACGACCACAACGAUCCUGCUAUUGCCGCCCUGUGCAAGGAGCUCCAGAGCCGCGAUGGGAACCGUGCGCGCGAGAGUCUCGCGGCGAGCGUCUUCGCGGAGUACGUACCCACGGCGCCGAUCUUCUCCAAGGUCCUCGCACACGUCGUGAACUUCUACGUCGAUGCCGACCGCAAGGCUGAGCGCGAUGCCAUCGUAUCGCUUUGCAAGUCCGGACGUCAUGCUGAGGCCCUGCCUUACAUCUACGAGGCUCUGCGGCUUGAUCCCGCCAUCCCGACGAUGAUGCUCACCGCCAGGUCCUCUGCGACCGUGGAGGGUCAGUCCGUUGUGAAAGGCCAGCGUGUCUACGUGAGCGUCGUCGACGCGAACCUCAAGACACAGUCUUUCCUCAAGUCCGUCCCGGCUGGCUUCACCAUGGAGAAGGCGUUCGGGCUGGAGCCUCGCGGUCUCCUUAACCCACAAUACUUCGACAAGAUCGCGCCACGCGUUCUAUACGAGAUCCUCAGCUUGCCCGACAUUCACCGCCACGCUGGCAACGCGGGCAAGUUCUCGCGCUUCACCGACGUCGUCCGUGGUGUGCCGCAGAUUAUCUACUGCACCGACGACAGCCAGCUAUCGCCCUUCCCGGCGCGCCUUGACAUCGAGCUCGCCCUGUGA